AUGGUCGGCCUGCCUGCUCGUGGCAAGUCGUUUAUCUCGCACAAGAUUGUGCGGUACUUGUCCUGGCUAUCCAUCAAGACAAGGGUGUUCAACGUCUCUUCCUACCGUCGAGAGGAGUACAGAGAACAGCCUUCUGCAGACUUUUUCAACCCAAACAACGAGGAAAGCAAGGUGAUCCGUGAACAGGCCAACAUUGAUGCGAUCAAAGACGUCAUCAAGUGGAUGAACGAGGAGGAGGGAUGUGUGGCUAUUCUGGACGGCUCCAACGUCACCAAGCGGAAACGAGCAAUGGUCGCGCAGAUCCUGAGAGACAACAGGGUGGAGCCGCUGUUUCUGGAAAGCUUCUGCGACGACGAGGCGAUCGUCAAGUCGAACAUUAUGGACAUCAACUCGACCUCCCCAGAUUAUGCCGGCAAGCCGCCCGGCUAUGCGUUGGAAGACAUCCUCACGAAAAUCAAGUACUACGAGACGCACUACGAGCCGAUGGACCUGGUGGACGAAAAAGAGCUGAGCUUCAUCAAGCUGAUCAACGUCAACUCGCAGAUCAUCAUCAACAAGAUCGAGAGCUACCUGGAGAGCAGAAUCGCGUACUAUAUCAUGAAUUUGCACAUCAAACCGCGCUACAUAUGGCUGUCGCGUCACGGCGAGUCGCAGUACAACCUCGAAGGGAAGAUCGGGGGCGACGCAGACCUGAGUGAGCGGGGAAUGAAGUACGCACGGAGGCUAAAAGAUCUGGUUGAGAAAUACGUUCCCAACCACGACAAGCUCGAGGUCUGGACCUCGACCUUGAGGAGAACGCAGCAGACAGCCCAGUUUCUCCCAAAUCCCAAGAAACAGUGGAAAGCGCUGGACGAGCUUGACGCUGGAUCGUGCGACGGCCUGACAUACGAGGAGAUCGCGCAGAGGUUCCCUGAGGAUUUUGCAGCACGUGACGAAAACAAGUUCGAGUACCGCUACAGAGGAGGCGAGUCCUACAGAGACGUGAUCCAGCGGCUGGAGCCUAUCAUCAUGGAACUGGAGAACCAGGAGAACGUUCUUGUGAUCACGCACCAGGCGGUGUUGAGAUGUAUCUAUGCCUAUUUCAUGAAUUCCCCGCAGGAAAAGUCGCCGUGGAUGUCGAUUCCCUUGCACACUCUGAUCCGCCUCGAGCCACGCGCGUACGGCACAAACGUCACGCGCAUCAAGGCCAACAUUCCUGCCGUAUCCACGUACAAAGAAAAGGGCACGUCCAAGCUGGGAGAAUCGCAGAACUCGGCCCACGUCAUGGCCGGCGAGGUGAUCACGAGCGAUGUUGCAAAUCAAUGA